CUUCAUAUUCAUAUAUUCUCUUUGCAACCCUAGCCUUUCAAUUCUCGUAUUUAUUUUCUUCUGUCUUUAGUCUCAGGAAUCAAACAAUGUCGCCUAAACAAGAGAAAGAACCCAUUCAAGAGAAAGAACCCAUAAAUUUAGUCGAGAUUGACAGUAGCGACGAUGAAGACGACGUCGGAGUACAAGUUCAGACUGUUGCGGUAAACCCUCCGUCCGCAUCGGGCAAUCAGACGCUUGAGUCGCGGAGUUUCUGGAAAGCAGGGGAUUUUAACAUCGGUCCUACAAAAUUCACUCCCGCCCAAGGUCAAUUGGAACAUGCCCGUGUACAUCCCAAGUUUCUGCAUUCCAAUGCAACUUCUCAUAAAUGGGCAUUUGGAGCAAUCGCUGAGCUCCUGGAUAAUGCAGUGGAUGAGAUUUGCAAUGGUGCGACUUUUGUCAAGGUUGAUAGAAUUUAUAAUGUGAAGGAUAACUCUCCUGCUUUACUUUUCCAAGAUGAUGGGGGUGGGAUGGAUACCGAAGGCAUUCGCAAAUGCAUGAGCUUGGGUUACUCCUCGAAGAAAGCAAACACCACAAUUGGUCAAUAUGGUAAUGGAUUCAAGACAAGUACCAUGAGACUGGGUGCUGACGUGAUCGUUUUCAGUCGUGCAUCUAAUAGAGGCCGGGUAACACAAAGUGUUGGUCUUCUCUCCUAUACAUUUUUGCGAAGAACUGGGCAGGAUGAUGUUAUAGUUCCAAUGGUUGACUUUGACAUCUCAAACCAUUGGGCAGAACCCAUAAUAUAUGGGUCUCAAGACGAUUGGUCUACUAACUUGGAAACCAUUCUUGAAUGGUCCCCCUUUGCAUCAAAAGAUGAGCUUAUGCUUCAGUUUGAGGAUAUCGGGGCGCAUGGAACAAAAGUGAUUAUAUUUAACCUAUGGCUUAAUGAUGAAGGCAUAUUCGAACUGAAUUUUGAUGGUGAUGAAGAGGAUAUAAUGUUGAGAGAUGAAGCUAAUCGUGGAAGUUUGUCCAAGACACACAAGAAAGUUCUUGAAUUGCAAUCCCAUAUUUCCCACCGGAUCCGCUAUUCAUUGCGGGCAUAUGUCUCAAUUUUGUACCUCACAAAAUUCACAAAAUUUCGGAUAAUACUUAGAGGAAAACCGGUUGAGCAGCAUAAUAUUGGAGAUGAGUUGAAAUACCCAAAAGUUGUCAUUUAUAGACCACAACUUGCUGCUACAUCCAAAGAGGUUCCUGUGGAAACAACUAUCGGAUUUAUUAAAGAAGCACCUGCGCUUGGAGUUAACGGGUUUAACGUGUACCAUAAAAACCGCCUUAUCAGGCCUUUCUGGAAAGUUACUAGCGAUGGUAAUUCCCAAGGAAAUGGCGUUGUGGGAGUUCUUGAAGCAAAUUUUAUGGAACCAGCACAUGACAAGCAGGAUUUCGAGAGAUCAUCUCUGUUCAUCCGGCUGGAAAUGAGGCUGAAACAGAUGGUAGCAGAAUACUGGAGAGGCCACUGUCACUUGGUAGGACACAGACCUUAUAACUCCAACCCCAGUAGAAUCCAUGUCCAAUCUCCUGUGGGACAUAUGGCUAAUGUACAGAAGCAGUUGCCAAUUGGUGACCAUGUCAUUGGACUUCCCGGGAAUGUACAAAACAAAACACGGCGAGACCAUCCAAUAAUCGGUCUUCCUGCUGAAUUGGGGCAGGAAUUGACUGGUACACAACCUGGAGACCACUGCAGAACCAGUUUUCUCGACGGAAUGCCUGCUGCUCAGCUCAUUGAUCUUUCAGCUGAGUCUGCUCAGGAAGUCAGAUCUGUUGAUAGUAUAACAUCAACAUCCAUCGAUCGAAUAUGCGAAGAGAACAUCCAUUUGUUCAUGAGGUGUGAGGAACAUGUUCAGAAGGAGAAUGAGUUAAGAAAGACGAUUGAAGCUUUAGAAAACCAGGUGGAAGAAACCAAAAGGAAAUGUGCUCAACUUUCUGCCCACUUGGAAAGUAGGAAGAAGCGAAAAGUAAUGCAACAAAUAGAAGAGGUUUGACAAGGUAUAUUGUUGAAUCUGAGAAAUGUGGAGGCACUUUAUGUGAACAUCUUAUCAACAAAUGCUAGCUAUAAUUGUUACACUGGCUGGAGGUUUGGUGUUGCUCUUUCCAUUUAGGAGGAAUCAUUAGAUGGUUAGUUCUUUUUGCUUAGUACUGUAGUAUGUAGCUCUGAGUGGUUAACCCGAAUGAAAAGGCAUCUGUCUAGAAAGGGCAUGAAUGAAAUAGGGAGAUUACACCAAAAUGUUGCUGUUCCUCUCUGUUGGUUGUAAGCCUUGCAAAUCAAUUUUACUAACUAAUGCACAUUAUGUUUUAUGUUUAGAAAGAAAAUGGUAAUAGGAGAGUGUAAAUUAAAUGUUUUAUUUUGGCUUAA